UUGAUUUUUUAUUCCAAUAAAUUCGAUUUUCGUGUCAACCAUUAUUUAUUUAUUAUUAUUUUUUUAAAGACUUAAAACGUAUCUUCUCUAAAACCCUACUUCUACCAGUGUCUCACUUAGCUUCGCCCUUGCUUCCAAUUCUGUGACCUAAAGCCGCAAUAUGAGAUAUUCAUGGCGACUGCUACGUUUGCGAGCUCAUUUUCGCUCUCAGCUCCGGGUUUCAUCAAACGCCUCACAUUUUCAGGUACAUUCCGAUCCCAAUCUGCAAACAAUUCGCUUUCUAUCUUCACUACUUCCUAAGCAUCCCGUUCACGGCACGGCGUCGCCGCCCAUCUCCGAUUCUCAAUUCACGAGUAUCGUGAAAUAUAGGUACGGCACUCCUCGAACGUUCUCCUCCGAAUCGGUGAUUGAACAGAAGGAGUCUAAUCACGCUGUUGUGUUUGAUAUUUUCUCUAAAUCUCGGGAUGUGGAUGAAAUUAGGAAAGAUUUAGAGUUGAAUGGUAUUGUUAUUAGUCAUGAUUUGGUGUUGGAGGUAUUGGGGAAGCUCGAAUCGAAUCCUGAUAGUGCUAUCAGGUUUUUCAAUUGGGUUUCGGGGGAGUAUGGCGAAAAACUUAGCUCCAAGUCGUAUAACUUGAUGCUGGGAAUCCUAGGUGUUAAUGACCAUGUUAAGGAGUUUUGGGAUUUAAACUGCGAUAUGAAGAAAAAGGGUUAUGGGAUAUCUAAAACUGUACGGGAUAAGGUAUUGGAGAAGUUUGAGAAGGAUGGAUUGGAGAGUGAAGCUGAGAAGUUGAGAGAUGUGUUUGCAUCGGGAUCCACUGACAAGUCUCCGGAGAAGAUUGGUUCAAUUGUCUGCAAACUUGUCAGGAACAAUGUGUGGGGAGAUGAUGUUGAGCAGCAACUGCGUGAUAUGAAUGUUUCGUUUUCAAGUGAUAUGGUUAAGAUGAUAUUGGAGAAUCUUUGCACAGAUCCGGCAAAAGCAUUUAUAUUUUUCCGAUGGAUUGAGGAGAGUGGGAUGUUUAAGCACGAUGAGCAAACUUAUAAUGCCAUGGCCAGGGUGUUAGGAAGGGAAGAUUGUAUAGAUAGAUUUUGGAAAGUAGUAGAUGAAAUGAGGAGCCACGGUUACGAAAUGGAGGUAGAGACGUUUGCCAAGGUGUUGGGACGAUUUUGUAAAAGAAGAAUGAUUGAGGAAGCUGUAAAUUUGUAUGUGUUUGCAAUGGCAGGAGGUAAUAAGCCUUCGGUGGAUUGUCUUACUUUUCUGUUAAAGAAAAUAGCAGUUAGUAAGCACUUAGAUCUAGAUCUAUUCUCAAGGACAUUGAAGGUAUUUACAGAGACAGGUAAUGUGUUGACAGAUUCAAUGGUUUUUGCAGUUCUCAAGUCUCUGUCUGCUGUUGGUAGGAUUGGAGAGUACACUGAGGUUUUAAAUGUAAUGAAAGAGUAUGGAUAUGAAUUUAGUGGUAGUUUGAAGAGAAAGGUAGCAUAUCGACUCAGUAGGACUGGAAAAAGUGAUGAAGCUAAUGAUUUCAUGAACGGCUUAGAAGCUUCUGGAUGUAAUCCAGACAACAAGACCUGGGCAUCUCUGAUUGAAGGGCUUUGUGCUGCUGGAGAUCUUGCUAUGGCCUCUGAUUGCAUCCACAAAAUGGUUGACAAAGGAGACGUCUCUUCUGCAGGAUAUGCUUUGGAUUUAAUAGUAAAUGCUUACUGUCAAAAGAAACGUGAAACUGAUGCUAGCCACCUUCUGUCCGAACUUGUUGAUGGAAAGCAGCUAAAGCCACGGCAUUCUACAUACAAAGCAUUGAUAAACAAGCUACUGCAACGAGGGGAAUUCAAAGAAGCUUUGAAAUUGUUGGGGAUGAUGAGAAAUCAUGAAUUCCCACCAUUUAUUGAACCAUUUAUCUCUUACGUAUCGAAGUCUGGAACAGCUGAUGAUGCCAUUGGUUUCCUAAAGGCAAUGACAUCAAAGAGAUUUCCUUCUACGUCAGUGUUUCUCCAUUUGUUUGAAGCGUUUUUCCAAGCUGGAAGGCACGGAGAUGCUCAAGACUUUCUUUCAAAAUGCCCCAGUGACAUUCGUAACCAUGCUGACGUUUUGAAUCUUUUUUAUUCCAUGAAGCCUGUAGAAGCUGCUGCUUCCCCAAAUCUGGCUUCUUAGAAUCGCUUAAUGUCUCCCUACGAUGUAGUUUAUGAGGUUUCAUGUGUUGUUUGAUCAAUUCAAAGAAAAUAGGAAACUUCCAGAAAAGCUGAAAGUUCAGGCCGUCAUCUCCAAGAUGAUGCUCUUAAAGCUUAUUGGGGGCCAAGAACAUCAGAUAAGAUUCUGUAGGUGGUGCUGUAUAAGAGGCUUAUUGUAUGAAACUUUCUCACUCCAUGUGUUAAAGGUUCUCAUUGCUAAACGAGUGAAAAGCAAAGCAAUAGAUUCUAGCUUGCCAUAGCAGCAAAGGUGGUAAAAGAAGAUGUUGAUUAUACGCAUUAUAACGCAUAGCAUGAAACAUCAAAUGUUCCAUCAAUUUGUUUAGCAAACAUAAAACUAGCGAGUCUUAUUAGCAGUCACUUUUGACAAACAAUCUAGCUUUCUUAAAGCCAUACAUGUUGUUAGUCUCCAGAAUGGGUUCAAAGUCUUAAAAGUUCAAAACUCUUGCAAAUUUGAUAAUUGCUCAAAUAUUUGUCUUAGUUAUAUACUUUCAUGCAGGUUUUCUUGUACCAUGGGAUUAAAUAUAAAUGGUAGGUGGGAGAUUUAGCCAUCGAUAUUUGAAAUGGUAAUGGGUACCUUAUGUACUAAGUUAUGUUUGGAUUGACUGUAAUAGAUAUUUUAUUUCACUAAUGCGGUCAUUUUGUACUUAUAUAUUGAUGCGUUAUGGGUUCGUUGUUGGUUUUUCAAAAUAAAAGUAGAAAGACAGUGCAAGAUUAGUCGUGGAUCAUUCUUUUUGUUUGAUAUCAUAGUUCUGAUUGCUGAUACUUGGUUUUUUCUCCCCAUGUUGAAUUGAAUAAUAAUUCUUUUGGCAAGCGAAGACAAACUUUGCCAAACAGGUUGAUUAGGACAUGUCCAUGAGCAAAACGAUAUGAGUGAGACUAAACGAGCCAAGAGGGUUUGUAUCACUUUGCUGUGCGUUCAUUACCAGGUUGGAAAAUAGAAGAGGAGAGAAAAAAGAAAAGAAAAGAAGAAAGAAAGUGUCUUCAUUUGUGUUGGAGCCUUUGGAUUGUCAUCUUCAAUGGCUGUGAUGCUGAUCAGAAGAGACCAGCAAUGGAGGUGGUGCUGUUGGGGGACCAAUUUUGCAAUAUCUUUAGCCAUUUCAUCAGGCCUUCAAGUUUUCAAUGGGAGGAUUAUUAUGCUGUCUCGACAAAAAGAAAAAAG